AGCUAGCUUCAUUGAUUGAUAUAUCAAUGGAAAAGUUCCUAGUAAAGUUUCUUUUUCUGGCCAUGGUCACCAUCUUGGUGGAAGGGCAGGGCACUAGAGUUGGAUUUUAUUCAAGCUCGUGCCCUCGAGCUGAAUCCAUUGUCUCCUUAACAGUUCAGUCUCACUAUCGGUCCAACCCCAUCAUUGCUCCUGGCUUGUUGCGGAUGCACUUCCAUGAUUGCUUUGUCGAGGGUUGCGACGCCUCUAUCCUCAUUGAGGGUUCCGACACUGAGAAGACUGCUAUUCCAAACCUUACUUUGAGAGGCUUUGAGGUUAUUGAUGAUGCCAAAAAGCAGACUGAAGCAGUGUGCCCCGGAAUCGUCUCUUGUGCUGAUAUUCUUGCCCUUGCUGCUCGCGAUGCAGUUGUUCUGACGUGUGGGGUGAGUUGGCUGGUGCCAACAGGACGUAGAGAUGGAAGGAUUUCACUGGCAUCUAACGUUAAUCUACCAAGUCCCACAGAGUCCAUUGAUGAUCAAAAGCAAAAGUUUGCUGCAUUUAGUCUCAACACACAAGACCUUGUUGCCCUUGUUGGAGGACAUACCAUAGGAACGGCAGCGUGCCAGACCUUUAGCUACAGACUGUACAAUUUCACCUCAAACGGUCCAGACCCAUCAAUUGAUCCAGCUUUCUUAUCUCAACUUCAGUCACUUUGCCCAAAAAACGGGGAUGGGACUCGGCGAGUUGAUCUUGACACGGGUAGCGCCGGUAGAUUUGACUUGUCUUUCUUCACCAACCUUAGGAACAACCGGGGGAUUUUGGAGUCUGACCAGAAGCUGUGGACUGAUGCUUCGACAAGACCCAUCGUACAACGGUUCUUGGGAGGCUCACCACCACUGCGUUUUAGCAUUGAAUUUGGAAGGUCUAUGGUGAAGAUGAGUAACAUAGGCGUCAAGACGGGCACCGACGGUGAAAUACGCAAAAUUUGCUCUGCAGUGAACUGACAUCCCAAGUGUGGAUAGGUUGGUGAGCCGGAGUUAAUGUUGGGGUAGCAGCUGGUUGCGCAUAGCUUUGUUGGGGAAUAGUCUGCACAAAAUCACACUCCGGUUCAGCUCAAAAUAAAAGAGAGAAUGACAAAAUAAGUGGACUCACAUCCCCUUUUUCUCUUAAGCUGAGACAUUCAUUCCGAACAAAACUGAAAUUAGAUA